CUUCUUCGUAGUUUGCAAUUGUUAGUCAGAAGGGUUCGGAGGCGACGCCGUCAUAAAAACCCUAGCGAUUUGGUUCGAUUCAGUUAGGGUUUUUCUCUUAGAUUUCUAGCGAACCAGAGAAACAAAAUUUAUUUUAUUACUUGUCAAUACCCAUUUGAUAUUCGGUCGGGUAAAUCCGGUUUCAGAUCCAGAUUCAUUAAACAAUGUCUCGGUGCUUUCCUUACCCGCCUCCGGGCUACCAGAUCGAGUCGAUCAAGAUCCUAAAGGAAAAGGAGAAGUCUGUAACAGAAAGCCAUAAAGAUAUAAAGAAGGAGAAGAAAGAAAGAAGGAAGCAUAGGAAAGAAAACAAGGACCAAAUAUGUUAUACUGUGGGUAAGUCUCAUCAAAAGGGGAAAACCUUCCUUCCAAGGGAAAAAAAGGAAGAAGCUGAAAAGAGUGAUCUUACUGAAGAGCACAAUGAGCCCGUAUGCCUUCAGAAUAUUUGCUAUUUGUCUGAUGAUGGCAUUCGGAGCAACAAGAAGAGGAAAUUGGAACAAGCAACUAAUGAUGACAAACCCCGUAAUGUCUUCCGCAUUAGGUUACCCUUGACAAGGCAUAAAGAGCCAGAUGUACCUCUCAAUAGUGAAGGGUUGUGUUCUACUUCGGGAAGGGCAGAUUCUGUUUCUGGGCAGAAUGAAGGUGUCCAUUUAUCCCAUCAAGAAACUGUCAAUUCAAAGGCAGGUACUGUUGUUGGGGAACUUGCAUCUCCAGAAAAAAUGCCUUGCAUUUCAGUUUCAGAGAAGAAGAGUACUGUUUGCCAUGAAUCUGGGAUUUCUCGGUUCAAAUUGCCCAAUAAGAAGAUGCGGAAAGCAGACUCACCAUACAAAGUCUUAAUUGAGGAUUGGGUUUCACCACCUCCUCAGUUUGAGCUUAAUGAUUCUGAUGAUCAAGAAUGGCUUUUUGAGGCCUCAAAGCGAGAAAGGCAUGGAAACAAGAUACUAAAUGCUUGCCGUGAUGUCUUGUGUCACGAAAGUUCUUUGUUUCCACGCGGGCAUUACUUGCCUGAAGCUGAUGUAUACGCAUUACCUUAUACUAUUCCAUUUUGAUGUGAAGCACUGAGCAACUGUAAUCUGUUCAUGGUCUGAAAUUUUUUUGUGAGGUGGCCAUGAGCCAAUUUUGAAUAUGUAGUGCAGAUGUUUCUAUUGAUAGGAUAGGCAUAGGAUGUUGUUUAGAGAGGGAAACAUGUACAGUGACUUCUAAAUCAUGGCGGUUUUUCUUAUAAAAAAUGUGUGCAUCUCCCUUUCUAGCAAUCUUUGCUCUUAUUUCUUGCAAUGACUGAAAUUCAUUCGGUUGGCCAAGCAAGUAAUAACAGUCUAUCUGAAAUUCAUACAGUUGCCCCCAAAUUCAGUCUGAUGCAGAGUUUUCGCAGCCAGAAACAUUCUAUGCAUUGGAACAUUUGUGAAGCCCCAUCUGACUUGAGAUCUCGUAAUGCUUUUGAGUUUGGCACUCUCUAGUAGUGCCCUUUGCAGGAUCUUUAAUUUGGCCAUUAAUCUAUGCUUGUCUGAAGGGAUUUGCUGCAUCUUUGGCUUGUUUGCUUGGUUGUCAAUUCUAUCCCAUUUCGGAGAAAAAAAAAGUUUUCGGUUAAAAUUAAAUUUGCAACAGUGCCCCUCGAUCUAAACAACACUGGACGAUGGAAAAGCACCCUUAAGUGAAGGGCAUUAUCGGCAAAAGAACCGAUCUCACGCCUUUAUCUAUUCACCCUUCGCUCUCUGUCCUCUUUAGAUGCUCGGACUUUUAGGAGGUUAAACGAAAGCCAUUUUAGAAACCCUAGCCCUCACUCAGCGAUUCGAUUAAAAAUCCUCGAGCGAGGCAGCCAGUUUAAGAUUUUUGUAUAUUCAAUCAGUUUUCCAUAAUUUGCUAUCGAUUGAUUAACUAAAGAGAACAGUUUUCCUUUAAUACCCUUUACAAUAUUGGAGGAUUGGUUUUCAGUCACCAAGCAUAUAUCUGGUGAAUUAAGCAAUGUCUCGGUGCUUUCCUUACCAGCCUCCGGGCUACGUUACCGAAUCGAUUAAGCUCCAAGGGGAGAGUUUCGAGAAGGGAAAGCAUGAAGGGAGAAAGAGGGGGGAGAAGAAAGAAAGAAGGAAGCAUAGGAUAGGAAACAGUGAGGAAAGAAGUCGUGUUGGUGAUAAGUUCCAUCAAGAGGACAAAAGGUUCCUUCCAAAGGAAAGAGGAGAAGAAGAUGAAAAGAGCGAUCUUACUGAGGAAGAUAAGCAACCUCUGUCCUCUCAGAGCCUUUGCUACUUGUCUGAUGGUGGCAAAACUCAUGGUACCAUCGUUCGAAUUCAGCUGCCAUUGAGAAGGCAUAGAGAGCACGAUGCACCUGUUAAUGGAGCAGGGUUGUGCUCUUAUUUGGGAACAGCGGAUUCUGUUCCUCAAAAGAAUGAAAUUGUUGAAACUUCUUUGAGAUCACAUGAUCAGGAGAUGCGGACAGCAGAAUCACUUCACCAAGAUUUGAUUGCGAAUUUGGAGGAAUCUUUUCAGUUUGAGCUGAACAAUCUUGUUGAUCAGGAAUGGCUUUUUGGGACAACAAAGCAAGACAGGCAUGGAUACAAAAGAUUGAAAGUGUGCCAUGAUGUCUCGUGCCAUGCUGAUUCUACUACGAGGCUGUGUGCGCAAUACUUACCUGAGGCAGAUGUUUAUGGAUUACCUUAUACAAUUCCAUUUUAAUUUUGAGGAAAAUAUUAAGCAUAGUCAAGAACUUGUAAGAAGUUCGUGGUGCCCAAUGUUUUUUUGUUGAGGUGUACAUGAAUGAGCCUGAUGGGGCAGUAUUUAGAGUCGAUGCAGGAAUUGCUAAUUUGAGACAAUAGGAGUUGGAAGCUGAGAUAGCCGCUGUCAUUUACUUGUAUUUCAUUUACAUCUGAUACAAGUUUCUUUCUUUUCUUUUCAUUUUUAUUCAACCAUCUUAUAAAAUUCAUUAUUUUGCUAA